CCGCCGGAAGUGGCCCCGUCAGUGUUGUUCUCCAGUAUUUGGGUUCGCAGUUUGUGGUGGGUUCUCGGCAGGUUCGGCUCUCCUGGUGGGGCGAGACCUGGUCCGAGGAGCCGGAGAGGGAAAUUCAGCUUAAGCCCGGGCAGCGAGAUGGACAUUCUGAAAUCGGAGAUCCUCCGGAAGCGGCAGCUGGUGGAGGACAGGAACCUUCUAGUGGAAAAUAAAAAAUAUUUCAAGCGUAGUGAACUUGCAAAAAAAGAAGAGGAAGCAUAUUAUGAAAGAUGUGGCUACAAGAUACAGCCAAAAGAUGAGGACCAGAAACCAUUAACUUCAUCAAACCCAGUAUUAGAACUUGAACUGGCAGAGGAGAAAUUGCCCAUGACUCUUUCUAGGCAAGAGGUUAUCAGAAGAUUGAGAGAAAGAGGAGAACCAAUCAGACUGUUUGGAGAAACUGAUUAUGAUGCUUUUCAACGUUUAAGAAAAAUAGAGAUCCUCACACCAGAAGUUAACAAGGGAUUGAGAAAUGAUCUGAAAGCAGCUUUGGAUAAGAUUGAUCAGCAGUACCUCAAUGAACUUGUGGGUGGUCAAGAACCUGGAGAGGAAGACACACAGAAUGAUUUGAAAGUUCAUGAAGAAAACACCACUAUUGAAGAGUUAGAGGCUUUGGGAGAGUCUUUGGGAAAAGGUGAUGAUCACAAAGACAUGGACAUCAUUACCAAAUUCCUUAAGUUCCUUCUUGGUGUUUGGGCUAAAGAAUUGAAUGCCAGAGAAGAUUAUGUGAAACGCAGUGUGCAGGGUAAACUGAACAGCGCUACUCAGAAACAGACCGAGUCCUAUCUCAGGCCCCUUUUCAGAAAGCUACGGAAAAGGAGAGAAUACGUGAAGGCUAAUGAUGCUUAUCUUCAGAUGGCCAUUGGAAAUGCCCCUUGGCCCAUUGGUGUGACUAUGGUUGGUAUCCAUGCCAGAACUGGUAGGGAAAAGAUUUUCUCCAAACAUGUUGCACAUGUUUUAAACGAUGAAACACAGCGGAAAUAUAUUCAGGGAUUGAAGAGGUUAAUGACCAUUUGCCAGAAGCACUUUCCUACAGAUCCAUCAAAAUGUGUGGAGUACAAUGCACUAUGAGAUGUGUGUAUGAUGUGUAAAUAACAAUAAGAAACUUAAGGGAGUGUGGUAUGGACUUCUGGAAUUCCGGACAGGAACAGGGAAGAAGAAAAAUGGAGUCUCUAGACUCUGAGUUCUACCUAAUGCAACUCUUGGUUUUAAGAACUAUGCUGGCUCUCGUAUCACAUCUGACUGCAGACUGAUUUCUGUGUCUUGCUUUAAUUUAAAUAGUCGAAAAAUUAAGUUCUAAAAGACUUUUCCUCAUAAUUGUGUAGACAGCAGUUACAAAAGGGGUUUAAAAUGAAUCUUUAUGUCUAGACUUGAAAGUUGCAGUUAGAUACUUAAAAAGGAACAUUGGAGGAUGGACUUAAUUGUUUCUGUAAAAAUAGUGAUUUUUCACUUGUCUUUUAUGUCGUAUUUUUAGCAGAUAUUUUUAUAUGUUUCAACAAAAAUGUGGAACCAUUUAAUGAAAUUUUAUAGCCCUUAAAUGUUGCCGAACUUUUGACGUCUUGCAAUAGAAUUUGAAUGUAAAUUUUAUUACUGUUAAGUGUUCUUUUUUAUGUUUCAAACAAAGCUUGCUUUUACCUU